UAGGUAGGUCCUUGAAACUGCUCGGUUCUAGGACUAAUGAUGUGCAUUGUCUAUAGCACUCUGUACUUCUAAGUCUUGUCAGAAUUUCGACUCAGGACACUUCGCAGCAAUGUCCUUCUCAAACGCAACUUCAUCCAUUCUCUUUAUAUUUGGUCUUGGCUUCAUCGUUCGUGCCUCUGUUGUACAAACCGGCCAAGGACUGCAGACCCACCAACUCUUCUAUGUAUCAGCGAUGAUCUGCCUGGUCUUCCACAUCGGCAACAAACUUGCCAUUUAUAUCUUCCUUCUAGAACGUGCCCGUGUUGCCCGCGCUCCAUUCGUAUCUCGCCUCAAAGACCGCGUCUGGCUGCUCGGUAUAUUCAUCAUAUGCGGCGGCUUCGGCACUAUCGCCAUCAUCGGCUGCACUUCGCCCGUCGUCGAGCUCGACGGCCGGUGCCGUAUUGGGCUCCCGCCCACGUCAGCUUCCUCCUGCUCUGCUUCGAUGUCGCCGUCAACUUCUUACUGACUGGCGUGUUCUUCUGGCUUCUCCGCCCGGUGCUAGAAUUCCAUGGUUUGCUGAAGAUGAGCACCUGGCUCGUCGAGAAGUUCACGAGUAAAGUGAAGCACAACAUCAGGA